AUGGUGAUCUAUCCUUCCUUCGUUUUCCCUCAUCGCCUCAGCCUUAGCCUCAGCCAUGAUUUUGUCAUCAACACAAGUAGUUGCAACCACGACAUUCUUGCUGUCUUUUUUGGCAUCUUUGUGGCUCAUCCUAUCCUACAUCUACAACGAUCACAUCACAGCCCUCUUACUCCCAAUUCUGGGAGCGUUGAUGGUACUAGCAUUGGUUAUGAUCUCGGCACGAGAGACCAUGAUGGCGUGGAUCACAAUGCUUGUGCUGCUAACAUUUGCCAGGAAUCGUCGUCGAGUUUUGGUUCGACGCGGAAAGCUCAUCACCGCUGA